AUGAUAUUUAGAGGAUUGGUUAACUUCUCAAAUGCUUCCAAGGGUCUUGUUGGAAUAGAAUCCCGUGCGGAGGAAAUUAUGAGCAAACUUUGUAUAGGGUUGGAUGAUGUUUGCUUUUUGGGGAUUCAUGGGAUGGGUGGAAUUGGGAAGACUACCCUAUCAAAAUUCAUUUAUGAAAGAGUUUCUCAUCAAUUUGAAGCUAGUUGCUUUAUUACUAGUAUUAGAGAAGAAACUAGAACUGAUUAUGAUCUAUUUUAUCUACAAAAACAACUUAUUUCUGAGAUCCUCAUGGACAGAGAAAUAAAUAUAUGGAAUAGCUAUGGGGCAACUAGAGUGAUAGCGAACAGAUUACGUAAUAAAAAGGUUCUUAUUGUUCUUGACGAUGUGGAUGGAGAAAAACAACUAAAAGCAUUAGCAGAGAGCCAUGAUUGGUUUGGUCAAGGGAGUAGAAUCAUUAUAACAAGAAGAGAUCGUCAUUUGCUGAACAGAUUUGUGGAUAUUACAUAUGAUGUUAAGGUGCUCAAUGUUGUUGAAGCUUUACAACUAUUUAGUUUGAAAGCCUUCAAGAAACCCCGUCCUGAAGAAAAUUACGUUCAAUUGUCUAUGGAUAUUGUGAAUUACGCUCAAGGCCUUCCUUUAGCUCUUGAAGUUUUUGGUUCCCUCUUAUUUGGUAGAACAAUGGAUGAAUGGAAGAGUGCCAAGGAUCUACUAAAAGAAAAUCCCAAUGCAGAAAUUUUGGAUAAACUUAAAAUAAGUUAUGAUGGAUUAGAGGAUUUGCAGCAAAAAUUGUUUUUAGAUAUUGCAUGUUUCUUCAAUGGAGCAUUCAUAGAAGACAUCAAAUACAAACUAGAAUGUUUUGGUUACUAUCCGGACUUCAAUAUGAAAGUUCUUGUGGACAAAUCUCUUAUAACUAUGUCAGAGGGAAUAUUUGUGGACAAAAAUCUUAUAAUUAUGAAAGGGAGAAUGUUGCAGAUGCACGAUUUGUUACGAAAAAUGGGUAAAAAAAUAGUUCGUUGUGAGUCUGCUAAGGAGGAGCCUGGCGAAUGCAGUAGACUGUGGUGUAACAAGGAUGUCAUUCAUGUAUUGAAAAAUGAUAGUGGAACUGAUGCGGUUAGAGGCAUUGUCCUAAAAUUACCUUUACAAAAAGAAGAGCGACUAAAUGUUGAAGCCUUCGCAAAGAUGAAACAAUUGCAAAUGCUUCAGAUUAGCCACACUAAUAUUGUAUCACGUUUUUCUAAAGCUCGUAAUGAUUUACUCACUAAUCUGGAAUGGCAUGGAGAUCCUUCGAAUUUCAUGCUAAGCAAUGAGUUAUGCGUUAUAGAAUGGUGGGUAUAUCCUUUAGAAUCCUUGCCGGCCAGUUUCCAAUCAAACAAGCUUGUUGAGCUCAUAAUGCCUUACAGCUCCAUCAAACAAUUGUGGGAUGGAAGGAAGAGUUUUGACAAAUUGAAACACAUUGACCUAAGUCAUUCUCUAAACUUGAUCAAGACACCAGAUUUGAGCGGAGUCCCAAAUCUUGAGAAACUAAAGCUUUCAUAUUGUACAAAUCUGUCCAAGACUAGAGAAAAUCCCAAAGAACCUGUUGAGUGGUAUGAAAUGUCUAGAGUACCUUUGGGUAGGUCGAAGUGUUAUAAGGAAAUUUUCGAUAGUUGGCUUCAAGUAUUGCCGAAGCUUCCAUUGGGAUUAAAAGUCUUGGGUGUAAAAAAUUGUCCAUUGCUGGAGUCGUUUGAUAAUAAGCAAAUGGAGAUGUGGAGAAGGUCAAAUGAAAAAUUAAGGAGCAUUGAUUAUUCUGUUGUACAAGCUUAUUUUGAUUAUGAUGGAAAUCCCUUCAACAUCCUCCAUCUGCAUCCACGAAGUCCUUUAUGGAGUGAACAUAGUUUGGAAGAUUUUUAUCAUGUGGUAGCAUGCGGCCCUGCGUUGGUGGGAUCAGGAAUCCCAGAGUGGUUCAACGAUAAAAGCACUAAUUCCUUUGGAACAAUUCAAUUGCAUUCAGAUUUGGGCUCAGAUAUGAAUAGGGAGGGGUAUGCUCUUUUUAUUGUUUAUGAAUUUCAUGAGCCUCACACUACUCAUCCAAGAAAGAGCAGAAAACGAAAGGUGGAUGAGCGGAAUGGGAAUUCGAAUUCUACAACAAUAUUUGAUGGCAGUAAUAGUAAUUUACCCAACUUUGUUUGUCAUUUUCAAUUCACUGAUUUGGAUGUUACAAAACCGUUUUUCUUUUGUGCCCCUGGAGUCCCUUCUGUUGGGCUAAACGGAUUUUGGGUGUAUAUACCAUUUUGGUGGAUAUUACCGACAAUUUGGAGUAAUAGAUUUGGAUCCAUUAAGGCUUCAAUUACAACAGACAGCCUGAAUGUUGAGGUAAAGGAGUGUGGGGCGCGUUUAGUACUACGUGAUGAGCAUGAUGCUUCGGCGUUGUACCAAGUUCUCAACACCAUUUCUCCGCCACGUGCUUUGGGUUUCAAAAGUUGCGAGAAACUUUUUUCUCGUUUGUUCGAUAGAUAUAGCUCAUAUUUCAAGGUCGCGGGCCCAAUUAAAUCUAAUGUUGUAGCAUCUGGAUCAAUUGAGUCGGUUAAUUGUUAG